CAGCACAUUGCACACCCCAAAACUCUCCCCAGCUUAUUGAGUCACUGAACGAUGCUGGCAGGGACAGCCUUGAGGGCACAGGAGUUAUACAACGUCCCCAGGUGCUUGGUGUGCCGGGCUCCCAUGCCUCAUAAAACAUGUGCCCAGUGCUCCCAGGUUCUGGACGCUGUUUUUCACAGCUGCCUGCCCUCGGCAUCCCCUCCAUCCUUCACACAGCUCUGCGUGCAGCCCGCUCUGGGGCUGUCGCAGCCCUGGCCUGGCCCAUGGUGUGAUACUGCUGCCCAGCUUCUGCCCCUUGCACAUUUUGGGGUGGUCAUCUCAGCCACCUGCCUUUUGAGUGCACCACAGUGCUCUGGGCUUUGCUUUUCAGGCUGUUCCUGCCCACCAAGUGGUUGCCUUGGGUUCUGUUACCUUAAUUUUCCCAGACUGGGUCUCAGUUUGUUUCCUACCUGCAUUUCCUACAUUUCUCAGAUCCUUUGAAUGAUUUCCCUAUUCUGGCCAAUGUUUGCAACACCUCUCUGGUCAGUACCCUCUGCAAAUUGAAUUGCAUUUCACUAUUCAAGUGAAAGCUUGGGAGAUGGUAUAGAACAAUACCGUGAAGUUCAGCUGAAAUGCACCUUGCUUGCCUUGUCCAAAAGCUUUGUCCAGUAAUUCUUCUGAAAUUCCUUCUGCUGGGCAAGCCAAUGUCCUUCAUCCAGGUGCCCAUCGCAGUGAGUGUGCAGGCUCCUUCCUCUGCCCGUUGUGUUCUGUGCUAGGGAUGGGCACAGGGUUUAUCCUGAACUGGCUCCAGGUUUAUUACUCUUUCUCACACAGAAAAUCAGUGCCUGGUUUGCGCUGCCUGUCACCAGGGCCCUGGUUUCUUCCUGGCACCACGUAUGUGUUGAUGGGUCCAUGAGUUCAUCUUGGCACCACCACACUGGCCAGGUGAUCGUGUCUAUGUGGAGAUGCUGUUUUUGCUUUCCCUGCAGCUGUUUUUGCGAGGCCUCUGCCUCAUUUGCAUUUUUCUGGUUAAAAACAGUAAUUUUGCCCUUUUGAGUCAUCUUUAUUUUUGAGCCAUCAUUAAUUUUCUUUCCCUCCUUGUUUAUUAAUAGAUCUUUUCACUUUUGUGCUGAUUCUGCUGGGUUUAUUUGUAAAGUCCUUUGUAUUCCACUUAGCUCUCCAGCUAUUAACUCCUGCUGGUUUGUUGUCCCUUUUCUCUCCUGCAGCUGUGAGCGGACUCUAGUGACUUACAAAUCCUCCUCCUGUCUGAAACUGUUCACCCUCCUCUUGUCCAGGCAGCAGUGGCACCAUGCAGCAGGAAGCUGAGGGCAGCCGGCCGCGCCGCAGGAAGCCCGACAUGGCCCUUUAUGUGCCCAAAGCACGGCGGGAGAGAGCAGUGCAAGCAGCGGGCAGCACACCAGGCGGGCAGCGCCGGGAGCCUGAGAACCACCGCCUGGUGCAGGACACUUGCCAGGCCAGCGGCGAGGGGCAGAGGCGAAGCCCCCGUGCCAGGACACAGGCGGGCAGAGUGGCGAGGAGGGAGAACAAGGGGGAUGCUGGCCCAAAGGAGCCACGGACAGCCUCUGCUGGCCACAGCUCGAGGCUGGGAGGCAACUGCCCCAUUGCACCAGAGAGCCUAAGAGCAUCACCCAGCAUACGGGAGCCGUGCCUCGAUCUGGCUGUUGCCCAGGACAAAGCAUCCCACGGUGAAGGACUUGGAGGGGUCAGCCACGGCCAGCAGAUGAUGAGGACUCAGCCUGACCCUCCAUCCACGCUGAGUGCUAAGCCUGGGGCCGUGGAGGCUAUCCCCAAGAUGGGGGGUGACCCCACUAGCUCAAUGCCUUCCACUAGCCCAACGCCAGCAUGUCAGAUAGGGUCAAGUGGUGUGUCAGAGAUGCCCCCAGGACCAGCUAGAGAUGUCUCCCAGAGCCUGGGAGAGGAUGUCCUGCAGCCAGCAGGGCUGGGUGACCUGGGCAGUAUGCACAAGCUGGCAUGGGAGGCAGUGGGUCCAAAAGCCCAGGAGGAGGAGAGGGAGUGUGGGGGUUCUCUUCAGGCAGGUCAGAGUGAGGGCUGUGCCACUGGGGUGCCAGAGGAUGAGGAGAGGUGGGGAGGAAUGGCAGAGUGUGCCUUGGGUGCACCAGAAGUCAGCUGCGAACCUGAGCGCUCAGGGGGUGGCAUGGAUGAUGCUCCAGUGCUCCCAGGGAAGAGCACCCUGGGGCAGGGCAUGGGCAGCCCAUCCUGGCUUCCACCUGGCAAGGAAGAGAGCAGUGCAUGUGCUGGGCAUCCCAGUGGGGAGGGAGACCCAGUGCCUGCUGCGGUGGGAGCAGGCAACCAUUCUGCCUGCACAGACAGCAGCACUGGGGCUGAGAGUGGCCGGCUGGGUGCUAGGGAGGAGCUGGUGAGUGAAUCAUGGGAUGGGGCACCCUCAGAGAGCUGGGAGCCCCCAGCGCCCCUGGAGCUGCUGUGCCAUGGUGUAGAGGAACUCUUGCCCGCGGCCUGGGCUGAGGAGCCAGCGGGGGCAGAUGAGGAUGCAGGCUUGCCACAGCAGCACCAGUGCAGCCAGGAGACCAAGGAGGAGGAGAGAGGUCUCCGUAGCAGCUCCCCAAAGGAAGAGCAGACCAGCACCAGUGCCAGAACCCCAAACCAGGCCAGCCCGGGUGCCGAGGAGAGUUGGGACAUGCUGUUCAAUGAUGAUGGAGACUGCCUGGACCCGCGCCUGCUGGAGGAGCUCUCAGGGGGUGAGAAGAGGCGGGAGAGCCAGCAGUCACCCCGCUUUGACUACUAUGGGGCUGAGCCUGCUGCACCGGACAUCAGCGAUGAUGAGCUGCCCCAUGUCAUCGAGAUCUAUGACUUCCCCUCGGAUUUCCGCACUGAGGACUUGAUGCGUGUCUUCUGCAGCUAUCAGAAAAAAGGCUUUGAUAUUAAGUGGGUGGAUGAUACACAUGCCCUGGGUGUCUUCUCCAGCCCCAUAACAGCACGCGAUGCCCUCAGCACCAAGCACCUGAUGGUGAAGACACGUCCACUGUCCCAGGGUACCCGUGCCUCUAAAGCCAAAGCCAGGGCAUACGCUGAAUUCCUGCAGCCAGCCAAGGAGCGCCCUGAAACAUCAGCAGCCCUGGCCAGACGGCUGGUGAUCGGUGCCCUGGGAGUACGCAGCAAGCAGACACCAGCCCAGCGAGACGCUGAGCGGAGGAAGCUGCAAGAAGCCCAGGAGAGGAAGCGCCUGGAGAACAAGCAGCGGGAGGAUGCCUGGGAGGGCCGAGACUGAGCUGGGAGGCUGCACCUUCAGCCCCACUGGCAACCCCGCUGGGUGCCAGGCCCCUCUGUGGGCAGGCAGGGCACCCUGCAUCUCAGAGCUGGGACGGAUCCUGCACUGCAUCCAAAAAUCUGCUCCACUGAAAGGGAUGAGCAGGAUGCGUGCAGGCUGGUUGGUGCCUCGUGGAUGCUGUCUCCCAUUGGGCAGUGCAGCCCAUCCAGCCCAGAGCAGGACCUGCCUUUAGCACUGGAAGCAGCAGCAUGGGGUUGUGUGGGGCGGCCCUGGCCACCUGGCAGGGCCUUUGAGUGAGAGUUUGUCCUUUAUUUUGCUAAUAAAUACCAUCUAUUUUA